AUGUGGAAUUUUGGGUCCAGAAUGGGUACUUUAAUGCUUGUUUAUACCCUCUUUAAAAAGUUCUUCCCUCAUCAUCUUCAGCUCUAUUUGGAAAAGUUUUUCAGAAAAAGCGUCAGUUUUAUAUACCCUUAUGUAGAAGUCACCUUCGAUGAGUUCAGUGGGGAGCGUUUCAAGCGCAGUGAAGCGUAUUUGAAGAUCAAAACUUAUCUAAGCGACAAGUCAUCGGCAUCGGCGAAGCGUCUCAAGGCCAAUGUUGAGAAAGAUUGCCAAUCCGUAGUCCUUACCAUGGAUUAUAAUGAAGAAGUUAGGGAUGAGUUCCAAGGGAUUAAAGUUUGGUGGUCUGCAGAAAGAACUCUUCCAAACUCACAACGGAUAUCAUGGUAUCCCGAUGACGAUGAAAAAAGAUCUUACAAGCUUACAGUCCAUAGACGCCAUAGGGAGUUAAUCACACAAUCAUAUAUUAGCCACGUGUUGAAGGAAGGCAAGGAAAUAGCCACGAAAAACCGGCAACGGAAGCUUUAUUCAAACAAUCCGAGCCAGGACUGGCAUGGAUAUCGAAGGAGCAAGUGGAGCAGUGUACCGUUUGAACAUCCUGCAACGUUUGAUACCUUGGAAAUGGAUGCCAACUUGAAAGAGGAAAUCAAGAACGAUUUGAUCAAGUUUAGUGCUGCGAAGGAUUAUUAUGUUCGAAUCGGCAAGGCUUGGAAACGUGGAUAUCUUCUUUAUGGUCCUCCCGGGACCGGGAAAUCUUCGAUGAUUGCGACGAUGGUGAACCUAUUGGACUAUGAUGUUUACGAUCUCGAACUCACCGCGGUGAAGGAAAACGCGGAGUUGAGAAGGCUUUUGCUCGAUACAUCAAACAAGUCGGUUGUGGUGAUCGAGGAUAUCAAUUGCUCCCUCGAUCUCACAGGCCAAAGGGAGAAGAAGACAAAGAAAGACCGAAAAGAUGACGACGGUUUGGAUCCAAUCACGAAAACGGUAAAAGAAUAUGAGAAGAAGGAAAGCAAGGUAACAUUAUCGGGGCUUUUGAAUUGUAUCGAUGGACUUUGGUCAUCCUGUGGGGGUGAAAGAAUCAUUAUUUUUACAACGAACCAUGUGGAGAAGCUUGAUCCUGCAUUGAUAAGGAGAGGAAGAAUGGAUAAACACAUUGAACUCUCUUACUGCUGCUUCGAUGCAUUCAAGGUUUUAGCAAACAACUAUUUGGAGAUUGAUUCUCAUUCAUUGUUUGAUGAAAUCGAAACACUGUUUGAGGAAACCAAAAUGACUCCAGCUGAUGUAGCGGAGAAUUUGAUGCCGAAAUCGGACUAUGACGUAAUGGAAACUUGUUUGAAGAGAUUAAUCCAAGCUCUUAAAGAUGCCAAGAUGAAGGCAGAGGAUGAAGCUCGUUCCAUGGCGUAGAAAGAACAA